AUUUCUAUAUACUUAAAAAUAGUUAGUCAUAUGAUAUUGUCGUUGGGUUUUUGAUACUUGGUAGGAGAGGGAGAGGGAGAGGAAGCGGAGAGGCUCCGUCGGCCAACGUGCGAGCAAGUGGAAAAAAGAGGAAGGCUAAUGGGAGAAGACAACACCCUAUACCUGCAACUGCACAAACUAUGCAACAUAAAAUCGGAGGAGGCUCUUGAACACAUCCUCACUACACUGUGGAGUACGCGGAAAACUGGUCUCAACGCUGCUCAGAAAUCCCACAUCCACUCUCUCCUUCUUCUUCCCUCACUUGGUGAACUCUACCCUGUGUUGGCCUCCCUUCGUUCUCUUAUCAGAAAAAAUGUGCAUGAAAGCUUCACUGGUGAUGAUAUUUUGAAGCUGUUACCACCUGACUUGGCUUUGGAUGUGAAAAACAUUCUGAUAUUGUUGUUUCAGAAAUAUCAGAGCCUGUGGAAGGAGGAUAUAUCCAGAGAGCAGAUGAUCGGAUCAUGGUGCAGAACUGCUGUGAAGUCAUUCAUUAGUUUCUGCCACGUACCAUGUGAAAUAACGGAACAGGGGAUUAUUCAAAAGACUAUUCUUAUUCAUAGUGAUAGCAUAAUUCACCAAUUGCCAAGGACUGUUGUUGCCUGUCGGGGCAGAAUAGGUGUGCCGCCUUCUUUUCAAUCUCUACCAUCUUCUGAAGUUUCAACACCCUUGUGGCCUCGACAAGAUGAUCCUGUUUCUCAUAUUAAUUGUGGCAAUCUUGGGCCUCGUACAUUACUUCUUGCUGAUGUCAGUGUGCCGCGUCUGGCUCCAUUAUCUAUCCAACAUGAUGUCGGUCCUCUUGAUAAUCUGGGAAUUCUGCCUCACCUCAAGUCAAUGACUUGGACCAUGGAGAAUCGGAACUCUGCACCAGCACAUAGGCUAGCUGUCAUUAGUCUUAAGCUACACGAUUAUACCAAGUCUCCGUUAGGAGAAAAAGAGGUGAAGUUUCAGCUUACUAAAGACACACUCGAAGCUAUGUUGAGAUCAAUGGUCUACAUCAGCGAACAGCUCUCAGCCAUUGCCAACUUAGGUGCUUAGAUGUUGAUUCCCCUUUUUGGCAUGUCCGACAGAGUGGUCUGAGUUGUCCUAUGAAAAAUAUGACAGGUUGGAUCUUCUUCAGGACCACUACAGAAGAGGCAACGGCAGUAGGAUCAUCUUGCCUGGUUCAUCUCUGUCAUCAUGAUGUCGCUGCUUGCCUUGUUCGGUCUCCCUGCUAAUACCAUCUCAGCAAUUUUAAAGUUCUGUACGUGCAAAACCCCACCACCAUCUCCAAACCCCACCUCCCCCCAUAUAUGUAUAUAUGUAUAUAUAUAUAUAUAUUACAUUGUGAAGUAUUGAUGACCGUUUUGAUGAGCAGUGUAAUUGUGUGGGUAACCUUGGACAUCCACAAAUCGUACUACACCUAUAAAUUAUCUCUUUGGUUGAUGGAUGGAAUGAAUAAAAAAUUAAGUAAUAAAUUUAAUUUAA